AUGAAUGACCAUCAACAAUUACAUAUUGAAUCAGCUGCAGAUCAAGAUGCUGGUCGAUAUUCAUGUGUGGCGGAAAAUAAACCUGGUCGAGCGGAGAAAGACCUUAUCGUAGCCGUUCUUAAACCACCGCAAAUGGAUGGUCAAUAUCGUGUCGUUGAAUUAGCUGAAAAUGAAACAAUAACAUUGACCUGUCCAAUCGAUGAUCCUUCAGUGGAAAUACAAUGGACGAAAAAUGGUAUUCCGAUUACUACAUCGAAUAAUUUACAGCUAUCAACGAGUGGCUUGAAACUGCAUAUACUGCAUGGACAACUCUACGAUGCAGGUCGAUAUGUUUGUCGAGCAUGGAAUGAUGCUGGAGAAGCCAUUGCUUACAUAAAUGUGGUCGUUUUAGUGCCACCAAAAAUCACUGGAUCAGCUUUCCGUACGAUCGAAUCAGUUUUAAACCAAACAGUAAAUAUUGAAUGUAAAAAAACUGGCAUACCGACGCCAAACAUUGUUUGGUCUUUUAAUGGACGAACAAUUUUUCCAUCUGAAAAAAUUCAAAUCCUGGAUAAUGGUACCUUGUUGGUUCUGCAAGAAGUACAAGUAAAUCAAGAGGGGCGAUAUUCGUGUACGGCAACAAAUAAAGUUGGAAAAGCUGAAGCUGACACAUUCCUACAAGUUACAGCACCACCAAGAAUUUCAACAUUUGUCGAUGAACUGAAAGUAAUCCAAGGACAAGGACAAACAAUUCGAUGUGAAGUGAGUGGAACCCCAGUGCCAAAAGUUGAAUGGCUCAAAAAUGGACAGCGAUUUAAUGCCACGACAGCCCAGUCAUCCAGUAAUUUGCAUUACAUUCAUCUCAGGGAAGCUCAAGUUAGUGAUGCGGGACGAUAUACAUGCAUAGCAAGAAAUCGAGCUGGCGAACAUCGUAUGACAACACAACUUUAUGUACUUGUUCCACCAACGAUCCUGGAAGGUGAACGUGUUGUGCAGGUGAAGGAAAACGCCACACUGACUUUGGAAUGUGUUGCAACCGGAAACCCGAAACCGAUGAUUGUGUGGAAGCGAGAUGGGCGACCUUUGGUUACACGUGACUCACGUUUUGUGAUUGAAUCAUCGAAAGCCUCUGAUGCUGGCAGGUACACGUGUGAAGCACGUAAUGAAGCUGGUACAGUAUCAACCGAUUUUGAGGUUGAUGUUUUUAUCAAGCCACGUUUCCGAGACCUGAAAGCGGAAGUACGAGUUCGUAAUGGUGAUCGAGCACGUCUUGAAUGUAAAGUCGAUGGGCAUCCAGAACCAAUUAUCACGUGGAUGCGUGGUGGUCGUCCAAUCGAAGAUAUGAAGAAUAUCAUAUUGAGUCCACGUGGAGAGACAAUGAUGAUUCUUAAAUCACGCAGAGCAGAUUCUGGAAGUUAUUCAUGUGUUGCAAAGAAUUUUGCCGGAGAAGCAGAAGCCAGUUUCACGGUGAUUGUUCUAAUAGCGCCGCAUAUUGAGGAACAAAUCGAUCAGAAUCUACGUGUUGUUCAGGGUACUAGAGUCAUCAUGCAUUGUCCAGUAAAGGGCAAUCCAAAACCAAAGGUUAAAUGGUUAUACAAUGGGAAACCAAUUACGAUUGACAGCACAAAAAUUCUUGGAGAAACCGAUUUGAUAAUUCAUGAAUCGAAGCAAUAUGAUAAGGGACGUUAUACGUGUAUCGCAGAAAAUGAAGCUGGAAUAUUGAAUACUAAUUAUGAGCUUGAAAUUAUCGGUCCACCAAAAUUUCAUCAUCGUGGUGAAGCUGUGUAUGAGGUAAUACUUGGUAAAACGGUAACAAUGGAUUGUGAUGUUGAAGCUGACCCAAAACCGGAAAUUCAUUGGUUUCGUGGUGAUUCACCUCUAUAUCUUCGUGAAAACAUUCAUAUAUCACCAGAUGGACAGCAAUUAACGAUCCGUGGUGUGGAACUAAGCGAUGGAGGAAAAUACACAUGCAAAACAGAAAACGAAGCAGGCGCAGCGGAUAUUGACCUAACACUGAAAGUGUUAGUACCACCCAGUAUUGACACCUCAAAUAUCAUCGGCAAUCCAUUGGCCGUUAUGGGGAAAUCAAUUUACUUAGAAUGUCCAGUUUCUGGGAUUCCUCAUCCAUCAGUGAAAUGGUAUAAGGACGAUGUUCCAAUAUCGAUCGAUGAUGAUCGUUUUGUUGUUGAACAGAAUAAUCAAACAUUUGGAAUCAAGGAAGUGAAAGUGAGUGAUCAGGGACAGUUUCGGUGUGUGGUUGAAAAUAAAGGAGGCCGAGUGGAACAAAAUUUUAAUUUGGAAGUGUUAGUACCACCACAACUUGAAACAGUGCAACCACAAAAAUAUACGAAACAAGAAAAAGAUAGUCUUACAUUGUUCUGUCCGGUAAAAAAUGACGGAGAUUCGGCAACUCAAACUGAAAUAUUAUGGUACAAAGAUGGCCGUCCAAUUGAUGGACUCACACUGCCAAAUAUUAAAAUCACAUCUGACGGUCAACGGCUGCAUGUCGCCCGUAUGUCAGUUUCUGAUGCCGGUAAUUAUUCAUGCGUUGCACUGAAUCGUGCAGGAGAAUCAUCACUUGAUUUCUACGUGGAAAUACUUUGUACGUAUCUGAAUUCUGAAUAUUGUUAG